AUGCCGCAGGAUUGCUUGCGGACGGUGUGCUGCGUCCUGGGCGUCACCGUCGGCGUCCCGAUAGCGAUGGUCGCUGGUUUCUUGUAUAUAAUAGCCUUCUGCUGUACGGCGUGCAGCGAAUGCUGCGACUCGUUAGCUUGUAUGCUCCUUCAAGCGGCCCAAAUUCCGGGCAAGUCGAUGGUGUGCCUCAUGUCGUGCAUCCAAUCCCCGUGCCCUCCAGCGCAGUACUGCACCUGCCCUUCACCAUACUGUUGUAAAUAA